AUGCGUCUCCCCUACGUUCCCGAUCCACCACCCACCACCACCGACGACGAAGCCAGAAUCCUAGCAAGCGUCCAAGCCCGCCGAGCCCCAAACCCCCUCCUGCCCCUCGACCUCGCACUCCUUCACUCCUUUCCGGUAACAGAAGGCUGGAAUUCAUUUAUCGGUGCUAUUCGCACCCGAACAAGUCUAUCGACCGUGGUCCGCGAACUAGCCAUCUGCCGCGUUGCGGUUGUCAAUGGCGCCUUAUUUGAAUGGGAGCAACAUGCACCAUUGCUGCAACAAGGUGGACUGAGCCAAGAAGCGCUAGAAUUGGUUGGAGAUGCACAGGCGGAUUUCUCAGAUGAGGUUUCAUUGAGCUUAUUGAGUGAGGAGCAGAGGGCCGUUUUGAGAUAUACGGAUGCUAUGACGAAGACUGUCACUGUAUCGGAUGGAGUGUUCGGGGAAUUGAAGGGGAUUUUUAAUGAUCAGGAGGUUGUUGAGAUUACGGCGACUGUUGCGGCUUACAAUUGUGUUAGUCGGUUUCUGGUCGCGUUGGAUGUUGGUGAGAAGAACUAA